AUAGCACUUUCUCUCUGGCUGUCAAUGAAACCACGGCUUAUUCUGGAGGUAACAUAUCCAAGGUCACAGAGUUUCUCCUGGUCUGCUUUCCAGACGUCCAGGGCUGGUACCUGAUUGUCCCCCUCAUGCUUUGUCUUGUUGUGGCCCUGGUUUGUAAUGUGGCCCUACUGAUUGUAAUAUGUGCGGAACCAAGACUGCAUCAUCCUAUGUACUACUUCCUGGCCAUGCUGUCCUUCACGGACAUCCUUCUGUGCACUGUGGCCACCCCAAAAACAGUUGCAAUACUGGUAUAUGAAGUUAAGACAAUCACAACCACUGCUUGCUUCACUCAAAUGUUCUUCAUUAACCUGUGGUCAUCCAUGGAGUCAUCCAUCUUCUUGGUAAUGGCGUAUGACCGCUAUGUCGCUAUUUGUUGUCCACUCCAUUAUCCUUCAGUUGUCACCAACAAACUGGUGCUCAAAGCCAUUGUGUUCAUCGUAGCCAGGAAUUUUGUGGUGAUGUUGCCGCUUCCUCUCAUUUCUGCCAGCUUGGAUUAUUGUUCUAGUCUAAUCCCUCAUUGUUUCUGUGAGACCAUGUCGGUGGAAAAGUUGGCCUGUGGAAGUAGCUCUGUGGGAAGCAUGUACAACUUGGUACUUUUUUGCAUUGUAGGAGGUUCAGACCUUGUGUUCACUAUCCUUUCUUACUCUGCAAUAUUAAGGACGGUGGUAAAAGCCCGCUCAUGCACUGCUGCUUUCAAAGCCUUUCGGAUAUGCAGCUCCCACCUCAUUCUCAUCUGCUUCUUCUACUGCACAAUUGGAACCACAAUAGCAUCUAGUCAAACACUCAGGGGGAUUCCUCGCCAUAUCCACGUCCUGCUUGCACUGCUGCAUCACCUGGUUCCCCCAGUUUUCAACCCUAUAAUAUAUGGCGUAAUGACCAAGGAGAUUAGAGAAGCCACAAAGAGAUUUCUGCUAAAAGUUAAAGUACAUCCUUGA